GUGUGCUUGGAUUGCUCAACUGGGCCACCACGCUCAGCAAGCAUCUCCGCCCCUUCAUGGCACCGCUCUACAAAGACCUCCAUAGUGCUAAGGGCACAUUGCACAGCAUAGCGCCCUCCAUGUGGCAUCUCUUCUAUGAUGCACUGGACGACCACGCCAAGCUCACGCGCACGCCCGGUGGCACAUGGCUGCCCAGACAAGCGCAGCUCCUUGAAGUGGGUAGCAUCAAAAUACACACCAAAAAGGACGUGCCAUUGGUGCCGCCGUCGCACAAGCAUCAGUGGGUGCGCCUCGCUGACCCGCAUCGCUCCGAGAUCCACCUCCGCCAAGAAAGCAAGUUUGUCCUCGCCUGGCUCAGCCUUUGCUUCUCCCGCGAGCAGCCGCGAUCGCUUCGCUCUGCUCCGCGCAUGCAUUGCUACAGCGCAGCAGAUGCUUUCGCAGAUGCGGACAAGAUGGGCAUCGGAGGCUGGCUCAGCACCUCCACCGCCUUUGUUUGGUUCAGCGAGAUUUUCUCCGCUGAGGAACUGCGCAGCAAGCACGUGCGCUUCGUGCUUCCUACGGCCUCCGACAAUACUAGUGCUGAGAGUGGCCUCAACAAGCUAUUCAGCACUGCAGAGCCUCUGGGCACCUUUCUCCGCCUCGCAGCCACGUGGGCUCACCUGCACAGAGUCCAGUUUGAAGUUGAACAUCUGGCAGGCGAGAAGAAUGUAUGGGCGGAUCGUCUCAGCAGAGGACGCCUAGCGUUUCUCUCGCACCGCUCUGCAGAGCGCGUACGCAUCAGCCUUCCGCAGUUGGCCUCGGCAUCACACUGCGUCACUCUGCAUGAUGCAUCUAAGGAAUGGCCUUCUGGGCUUCGCAAGGCUCAGACUGCAAUGCUCCGCUGA